GAAAAAGAACGGAUCCAUCGCUCUCCCUCAACACGAGAAGCAUCCCAAGCUAGCUUCCACCCCAAUAUUACCCCAAAGAAUACCACCAUUAGCUUAGCUGACACUGUCACACACAACAAAAGGGAGCAGCCAGCUCCCCCAACAGGCCAGAGCCAGAGAGAGAUCUCCACCGCAAGGGAAAGAAUCACGAAAAGGGGCAGGGAAAGGAGGAGGGAGCGCCCAAGCACAAACCUUUCUCCCGAGGGCACCAAACCCUACCAAUCUGCCGUAUAUUACCCCAGAAUUCCUCCCCCAUUGUUCCCCGGAGCCGAGCACGCCGCCGGAGCGGAGCAAUGCCGAGGAAACUCGUCAAUGCCGUCCUCUUCACGGUCCUGGGCGUCAUAGUCGCGCUCUUCCUCUGCUACUCCGUCCGCUGCUACCGGCGCCGCCGCCGCCGCGGCCGCGCGGUGCUGCCCUCGCACGGGGCCAGGGCCGACCGCCUCCAGGCGGGCGGGUCCAGCGCCUACGGCACCGGCGUCGGGGAGGAGCUGCUCACGUUCCCCGGCGGCGAGGGGCUCACCGUGGCCGCCAUCCUGGAGGCGCCCGGCGAGGUGGUCGCCAAGUCGGCGCACAGCACGCUGUACCGCGCCGGGCUCAGCUCCGGCGAGGCCGUGGCCCUGCUCCGGUUCCUCCGGCCCGUCUGCUCCGCGGGCGCCGAGGAGGCCGCGGCCGCCGCGCGGCUGCUCGGCGCCGUGCAGCACCCGAAUCUCGUGCCGAUCCGCGCGCUCUACGUCGGCCCGCGUGGGGAGAAGCUGCUCGUGCACCCCUUCUACGCCGCCGGCUCGCUCCGCCGCUUCUUGCAAGAGGGAAUCAAUGAUUCACAACGAUGGGAGAUAAUCUGCAAGCUAUCCAUCGGCAUCGUCAAGGGGCUGGACCACCUUCACACAAGAUCGCAGAAGCCGAUCAUCCAUGGCAACCUCAAGACAAGCAACAUCAUGCUCGACGCCGAUUUCCAGCCCAGGGUAUCAGACUUCGGGCUCUACCUCCUGCUGAACCCCGCGGCCGCACAGGACAUGCUCGAGACCGCCGCGAUGCAAGGCUACAAGGCCCCUGAGCUGAUCAAGAUGAGGGAGGUGACGAGGGAGAGCGACGUCUACAGCCUGGGGGUGAUCCUGCUGGAAAUGCUCGCUCAGAAGGAGGUGGAUGGCUCGCCGAAUGCCCGCGACAUCCACUUGCCAGCCUCUUUCAAAGAUCUGGUCCUCGAGAGGAAGAUCGCGGACGCGUUCGGUUCCGGGCUGAUUCAGCAGAGCAAGAACUCCGGGAAUGAGGCGAAGCUCAACGCGUUCUUCGAGCUCGCGACGGCUUGCUGCAACCCUUCGCCGUCCUUGAGACCGGAUUCGAAACGGAUCCUGAAGAGGCUGGAGGAGAUAUCAAGGUGACCGAAGCACGCCGAAUGUCGGAUUACUCGCGUACUAAUUAGAAGGUGUUAAACUAUAUACCAGCAGGGUAGUAUUAGUAUUUAUAAGUGUAUUACCCGUUUGUUAUUUCAUAGAGGGUUUGUACUACCAGGGACUGGAGAGAGUGAUAGGGGGUUACCGGUCUGUAUAGCUUCCGUGCACUUUAAAGCUUAAGCUUUCGACAAAUGAGGCGUAACGUUCUUCUGACUGUAUUCUGUAGACCUCACCUGAAUUAUACUAUGUAACCACUUAGUAGAAGGUACCGCUAUGUAUGGAUCCUUCAUCUUUUGAGCUUA